AUGGCCGACACGCUCGCGCUGUAUGAGCGGAUUCUGGGGCUCGUGAAGCCCGCGGAGCUCCACCGCAGCUGCAAUGGCGUGCUGAAGGACGAGUACUCUGCGCUGCAAUGCGCGGUGGGUGAAAUUCUUGCUGCGUUCGCCAAGGUGGAGGAGGUGCGCGAUGCCGUGAACCAACUGGAGCAGGGCAAGCCGCCCACCGGCCGCACUGCCAGCCUCAUGGAGGCGAUGGAUGCAGCGAUGCAACUGCGGAAAGACCUGAAGGAAAAGCUCGAGGAGGUGGCCGCGGGCAUGCAAGUGAAGGAGAAAACUCGGGAGAAGAGAAAGAGAAAGAAGGAAAAAGUGAAAGAGAGAAAGGAUCCAGAGAAGGAAGCGGGUGAUUCUCCUUCGUCGUCAUCUUCUUCGAGCAGCAGUGAGGAGGAGGAAGAAGUGAAGCCGAAAGACAAGAAAACGCCAAAGCGGGCGAAAGUCGAAGGCAAGAAGGAUGGCGCGUCUGGUGAUGGCAAGAUGAGUGGAGAUCUGGCCAUGGCCCACGAUGCUUUGAAGACCAUUUCGACGGUUCGGACGGUCAACAGGAGGAUCCAGUUUGAUAUGGUGAAUCAGUGGGCGGAGGCACUGUUCGACCUCAAGCGUAUUCUCAAGCACCAAGCCAGUUGCGACGCUAGUACGACAGACAAGCCGGCCGCAGAGGUUGCUGCCCGCGCGCUGGAGGCUGCAGCUACGAUUUUCCAAAAGCUUGAGUGGAUGGAUGAGCGCAUUAAGGAAGUGCGAUCUGUGAUCGCAGCGCUGACAGACGCUUGCUCCAAGAACGAGCAGCUGAGGAUUUACUUCCAUCGGGUUCGAGCACAGCUGGAAAGUCUUGAAAUGAGCAUCCCUUCCGCAGCAGCAGAACUUGCUGAGCCGUCCAGUAAAAGUGGAUCCCGGUCAUUGGAGGAAGGUCUUCGCAGUUAUCGCACUCUGAGCUCUAAGAUUCAGAAAGUGUCCGCCGAUGAAAAGCCAUCGUUAAUUUUCGAGGCGCUUGGAGCGAUUCAACAAGUGAUGGCAGAUGACACGAAUUCAAGAGGCUGGGCAACCAAGUUGGAUGGGAAAGGUACGUUCGCAAGCUUGCAUGAUUUUAAGGGGCUUUGCUCACAAACUCCUCAAUAUGCGUUCAGGCUUGUCAUAAGCAUAAUGGACCUGCUUGACGCAAAAGCAAAACCGAGCAAAGCGUCUCAAUCGCCUCGCAUCUCGAAAACGGCAAUGGCGAAGCAGGACCUGCUUAAGUCGCUACUCGCUCAAGUGGAGCAGUGGCAGGACGGCAUUUUCUCUCUGGACCAGCUUGACAAGUUGAUUAAGGAGCUAAACAACGUGGUGUCCUACAACUCAAUGGACUGGAAGCCACUGGCAGACCCAACGGUGCGCACCUGCGUUUGGAAACUGAAAAGCUGUAUCCAGCAGAUUAAAAAGCCAGCCCACCGCGACAAACGCUUGAAGACAGUCAAUAAGUGGAAGGCGAGUAUCGACAGGCAUCCGCGCUAG